ACGCGUGAACCUACCAGAUUGUCAGUUUUUGAUGGCGAUGACGCAAUGAGGAUGAAUAUGGUGAAUUGGUGAUGAUAUGAUGGGGUUCGUAUAUGAGCAUGCAAUGUGCCUUUGUAAAAACUUGUUGGGAACCAAAACAUUCUAUAUCACACGAGUAACACGACAAACACAAAGCACACUAAAACUUUCUGUUCUGAUUCAGCUGGUUGUAGAAAACACCAAAUUAUUGUCACAAGGUGUGAUGGUAGGAUAAUUAAUAACUUGAUGCAAUUCGUAAAGGGGAGGAGCACUUGAGUCGAGAGAUUGUUGUUUAAGGGAUUUCUAAAUUCUGCUACACGUUUGGACUCCUGAAUCAGGAGUCCUGAUCCUUAGUGGUACUUUUACUGCUGUGUUCUUCUGUUGGCGUGAUCAGAGAAUCCAGAAAUAUUGUAAGCUUUACGUACAGUGGACAAUUGAGGAUGGCCCCACAACGAAGGGCCCGAAGAGGAAGGAGUCGUUGGCUUAGAGUCCAAUAUAUUCGCCAACCUGGAAUGGAGGUCACCAUUUCUGGCGAAACUACGAGAAAAGUCGUGGAUUCGUAUUGCCCAUAUUGUGCUACUGACAUAAGGGCUUUAGCACCACGACGAUUGGUGAGAUGCCCCAAUACCUCUUUGUGUGGUAAACCACUGCCAAUCGAUGAAAAUUCGUGUCCCAAUUGCACCCAUUAUAUUCGACCAACUGACAAUUUCUGUCGAAUUUGCCGAACCAACCUCCGAAGUUUUGUCCGUGGUCGUGGGGGACUCUACCAGCAAAUCAACAGGGUUCCAUCACCCCUCCGCAGUUCUUCACCACCAAGGCCUGAGCCUCAAGCGGAGAUCAGCGACAGUGAUUCUGACCAGGGGGAUGCUGACAUGUUUAAUAACAAUGGUGAAAACGAAGGUGGGGGGAAUAAUCCACCUCAGUUAAACGUAGCUGGCCAAGGAGGGUUCUUGCGUGUGGUUGCGAUAGACGAUUAAAGCUUGACGGAAAACCACAAAUAAAUCCAAACUCCGUCUCCACUCAACUAUGUAUAUUUAAAUAUAUAUACUCUACUCUACAUCUUCGACAGCAGCAGCUACCGACACUACCACCUAUUUUGAAAGAGACAGCAAAUGAGUGUAUAAAUGUAAAAACGAAAGAAAAGAACGAGAGUAUAUCUUUUUCUGCCGUUCGAUAUCGUUAUAUCGCAGUAAGUUUUAUCAAUCCAUCGCCAUUACGCAUUUCUGUGAUCUCCGGAUACUUUUUUUGUGAAUCAAUUAUAAUUUGAUCUUUCCUCGAUCAACCACUCCAACCAAAGAUAUCUAUGUUAACAUGUUUCAUAUGUAAUUGAAUACUUGAGUACGCGUUUGGUUGGUAGAAUACGUACGCACUACACGUACAUAUAUAUGUACUACUUAUAUGUACUAGCCGUAGAAAUUUACGUUGCAAAUAAUUUGAACAAACUAACCUUAUUUGACGUAGCAUACAUUAUAGCGUUCAAACAAAAAAUAUUCAGAAAUAUGUAGGAAUUUUCCAGUCCUUCACGAGUUUUCAUUUGGCCAUAAUUACGAUUUCAAAAUUAUUCAAAAUUAUUGAGAUUCAUAAAGCAUUCACAUUAAAUUGUUGCGUAUUAAAUUAAUCAGCAUGAUUGCAAUCAAUCAGCAUUCUUCUUAACAGUGUCCAACAUUGUUAUGAACAAAAUGUGAGACAGCAAAGAUGCAAGCAAUUUAAAAUUUGAUCUAUACAUGUAUGUUGUAUGUAUCUGCCUAUUUGUCCAGUCUUUAGUAUUUCGGGUACGAUAAUAUUUUAUAUGAAUUCCUUUUGCUUUACUUUCUACCGGUUAAAUAACGUAGAAAAUAUUUAAAAACGUGUAGCGAAGAUAACUUGCGUUUAAAUAUCGUCCUGUUGUUCCUCGAGAAAAGUAAUCCCACAAGUUCAAAGUUAUAUGCAUGCAGCGCGUUCUUGCAUAGCAUUAUUACUAUAAAUACUGUAUUCAAUUAGUAAUUAAUUAGUCGGUAUAAAAGUGACAGUUAUACAUACACAGACCAUCACACUGUUCUAAAUCCAUGCGUUUUAAUCGUAAAUCGUAAUAUUUCGUAACAAUAAUUAACUAGAAGUAGAAUUAUAGAAAGCUCGCAAAUAUGAUUUGCAAAGUGUCAAAGUUACAAUAAUAUUCGUUGUAAUAGCUUCGUCAUUUCAUCUAACCGUCUAAAAUUCCAAUUCGUAUCGUCGCGUCUUAUUGUUUUAAGUGAAAAUCAAAAUCGGUGCUUAUUGUCGUCAAGUUCGUUUUUGUUGAAAAUAAAUUGAGCUUGUAGUACAUUCUUAUAACAUUA